ACAGAAAGAUCCUUUUCACUGAAAUUUCUUCUCAAUUUGCACGAUUUACGCAAGCUACAUGUCAUGAGGGUACCGACUCGAGUGAAAGCAACCAUGCAAAACAUUCAACGUUUAAAAGAAUGCUGAAUGAAGGGUUGGAAAUAACUUUAAGUGGGAAUUAUCGAGCGUGACGGAGUGACAUCGUAACAGAGAGCAACGUGGGAUCAAUGGAUAAACUGAUAUCGGAGUUGGUACACCUGGAGGUGGCAGAGCAACAAAAGGUACUGUCAGCUCUAGUGACACCAUUAUCACCUGAGAAGCAACUGUCUCUCCUGCUUCCUGCUGUCUCCAAAGCCUCAGGUUAUGUGAAAUGGCGCCUAGCGGUUACACUAGCCUGGCAGGAUACCCCAGACUUGUUGGAGCUUUUGCCUACCGAACUGCAGGUUAUGGUUCUGCAAUAUUUGGAUGGUCCAAGUCUCCUCACUGCUUGUCAAGUAUGCCAGGGAUGGAACAGAGUACUGAUGAAUCAUGGGCAGCUAUGGCUAAAGAAGUGUCAUCAGCUUGGGGUCAACAUGGAUCUUUUAUCUCAGGGAACAAACUGGCACGAAGUCUACGUGUCAUCUCUACGCCAACUCACAUCUCUAAAGAAUGGCACAGCUUUUGUUGAACGAUUUAUGCAGCUCCAAAACUGCAAUAAAGCUGUGAAGGCUGUUGAUUAUCAGGAUGGAUACUUGUGCACAGUGUCAGAAGAAGACUACGUGAAUAUUUGGCAGUUAGACCUGAACAUCCCCAUCCUGACUUUCCCAGUUGAACGAGCUGUCUCAUAUAUCAAGUUCAGACCCAAGCAGUUACUGGUUUGUGGUCAUUUUGUUGGUAUAUUGACUUCAUGGGACUUGAGUGCGAUGGACAAACAGUCUAGUGUAGUGUACAGUGGUGUGAAUAACCUUUCAAAUGAAUAUCAACUACUCAGAUGCAAGUUCAAAAUGCAUGCUGGGCCAGUAUUUUGCUGUGAUUUUUCUAACGAACUGGAUCUUUUGAUAAGUGGUGGCGCAGAUGACUGCAUAAACUUAUGGUGUCUCUCCUCAGGGUUGAAAGUAAAAUCCUUACCCCAUCAGGAGGCCUGGGUGUUGAGGGUCAUCUUGAUGCCUGUCAAAACUCACUCACAGAAACACUGUGUCAUCUCCAUGACUAGAGACUCUGUCAACAAACUUACAUGGGAUGCGCAUUGCAGUGAAAACUCAGGAACAGCAGAUGUGGGUUCAAAGAAGAUGGGCAACAUAGACCAAAUUCAGAGUAAAAUGUGUGUCCGUUUGAAUGAAGGAAACCAUAACUUCUUUACCCCUGGUCUUCAUUGUAGCCAGAAAUAUAUUGGACUGAUAAAACAAGACAUUGAUGAAAAGCAUGCUUCCCUAUGCGUGUAUGAUAUAGAAAAUUUUGACCUUAAAUAUAAUAUUACAUUGAAUUUUAAAGUGAAAAAACUCCUUGCUCUUGGCAAUAGAUAUGCCUUACUUCUCACUGUAGGAUGUGUUCUGUAUUCCUCAACCUUAAUGGUGGUUGAUAUAGUCACUGGAGAGAGUAUUGGAUCGCACACUAUUCCACAUUCAAAAAUGACAACACCAGAUGGAGCACAGCUGAUGGUCGGGGAUGUUGAGUGGUUAGACGGUCUCAGGGGUCAGGUAUGUCCGAGUUCUGCUCCACCAGCUGUCAAGAGGGAGGAUGAGGGAGCCGAAGAACAGCAUGACGUGCCUGAGGAUCGCGGGAACCUGUGCUUAGAUGCAAGAAUUCAACAACUAAACAUUUCUAGCGAAUCAGAGAAGAGUUCCCUGACGCUGGAGAGGCCGAGUCGCCUCGUGCUGGCGGCCGGGGUGCAGAGCGAACCAGGCAGUUUGUUUACGCUUUGGUGGUCUUACUCGCACGCGACUACGAAGUGCCGAGAUUCACACUGCUCUUCCGUCAACCGUUACCGUCUCAUCAUGUCUCCUCGGUGAAUUAAAACUUUUAAAAGGAAGGGACUGCUUUGAUUCAAAGAGUUAUCUCGUAGAAUUUGAGAAAUAUAAUCGGUGAUUUAUAAGUUUUUAUUCAGAGUUAUGGCAUCAGAUGUGAAAAAUGUAAUAAAUGCCAGUUUCCUACCUGGUUUGUUUAGUUGUCCUAUUCUAUUCCAUAGUUUGUGUUUGAAUAAGUCUUGUCACCAUAUAUGGUGUUUGACAUGUACUGCUUAACAAGGUCAAUCAAUUUUCCAUCCAUGAGGAAAUGGCACUUCUGGUUCCUGCGGCAACUAGUCUGUGAUUGACCGCUGACACCGCUGACAGGGUGUAGUCAACAUUAUCGGCGUUCCGGUAACAGCCCUGGCGCGACACCGUCACGUCACGGCAAAAUAUCCUUCAAAGGAAUCCCUGCCGUAACGAUACCGUGAUGUGAUGGCGACGUGACGGUAACGAACCGUUUGGCGUGAACAGGGCCAUAUGGUGACAUGGAAGAAAUCCUGACAGAACGGUGACGUGAUGAAUGGUGUGACUCGGCCUUUAAUGCUCACCAUGAAUUAUUUCUAAAAGCCUGUUUAUUCAGAAGGAAUUUACUGUCCAAACUCAAGAAAUACGUAAUGGUACAGUAGACAACACAGGCUGAACUCGUCCUGAUUAUGUAUAUCCGUCAAUUUUUCAGUUUCAGGUGGCAUAAGGGUGUGCAAAUUUCUGCAAAAUCGUGCUGUAUUUGUAAAAAAAAAAAAAAAAAAAAAAAAAAAAAAGCCCACGUAAUACUAAACUGAAAUUACAUACCAGUCCAGCAACUACUUCUAUAACAACCCAUCAGGAUAUCCCAUCAACAGUUUCGAACUCUAAACAUUCCCCCACUUAGUCGCAUGUUAUUGAGACGCCGCUGUCCAGAGUGUCUGAAGGGAAAGGAGUCUCUCGUAUUUCCCUUUCAGAUCGCAGUAACAGGUGCCUUGUGAGGAAGGACACCCAGGUCAAAAAAAAAAAAAAAGUUUUUUGAAUGAUUCUCCUUGUAAUGUUAAGGCAGUGGGAAGACUGGUUAAAAUGCACCGUGUUAAGAUCGAGUAUAAUAUUGGACAACAAAGUCUAGGUAUAUCAAGAUAUGCAUAGUAAAAUUAAAGCCCGCUGACAGUCUGCGUGAUAUAAUAUGGAAUGCGUGACUUAGGGAGUGGCAAUUAACUAGUAAAAUUUAUUACAUGCAUCCUUGCCUUAAUAUUUUCACAAUUAUAAUUCUCCCUCAUACGGGCAAGUUGACGCAACCUUUAGGGCAUGCAAAAAUGAUAGAUAUCUGUAAAUCAUGAGGCCUCUGUAUUGGCUUUACGAGCUUCGAAUAGAUGGUUCGAAAGGGCAAGACUCGUAGGAUGCGCGGAGUUUAUUUUCUGCUGAUUUUAUUAUCAGGCAUGGCAUAGGAAAAGCACGAAAUGCUGCACAAAAUAGAUAUCCAGUUCAGAAUGAGUUAUGGAAUUUACUUUAGUAUUAACAUGCUGUCGUAGAGCGUAAAUCAGGGGCUAUCCAGCUGUGUGGAGGCCAUCCCCAUUACACACACACACACACUCACACACACACGUCUAUCUACCCAUCUAACAC